AUGCCAAAAGCAAUUAAAGGACUAACCAAAUGCUAUGCAGGAAAAAUUGAUGAAAUAGAGGGCAAAGUUUUAAGCCAAAAAAAUAGAAAAGAUUUGCACUGGGAAGAAAAGAGAGAAUUAGAAGCAUUAGAAAAGAGAUAUAGUGAAAAUAAUGAAAAUCCUAAGCAAAGAGAGAAUAAAAUCAAGGAAUUACAAGCUCGAAUUACUGAGUUAGAGGCUAUAACUAACCGAACUCCUGAGCAGGAACAAGAAUUACAGGGCAAGAGAAAGGAAUUGGAAGAUUUGGAAAAAGAAACUAAUUCCUCUCCCUCGGACUUCUGA